AAAUUCAAUUUUAUGACAAAUUUUAAAAUAUUUUUGAACACUCUCGAAAGACUGGUAGGUACCAAACAUUUUGGGAGUUGUGACUUGGUAAUCUUCAGUAGUCAAUAAUGACAACACAGACGAGAAAGAUGGGUAGCUACCAACAUUUUGUUUUAGAAAUAAUACGUCGACAGAGUUAGCUAACUUAUUUCGUGGACGAUAUAUAUUGAAGAGUGAUAUAUAUAGGAGGUGCCUACCCUCCCCUUAAAAUAAUAUUUAAGAAUCAUCUUGUUAAAACAAAACAGUGCUUUCCGUCCACUUUCUUAUCUUUUUUUUUUGAUCAAAACCGUCCACUUUCUUAUCUUUUUAUAAAAAGUUUCACAUUAUGGCUAAGAAGUUGCUUCUGCUUCUUUUACUUAUUAUCUUAAGCCUACAUGCAUGUUCUGGCUCUAUCGUCAACUCUCUUCCUGGUUUUGAAGGUCCUCUUCCUUUCGAGCUUGAGACCGGGUAUAUUGGUGUUGGUGAAGAAGAGCAAGUGCAAUUGUUUUACUACUUCAUUAAAUCUGAGAAGAAUCCAAAAGAUGAUCCUCUUCUUCUCUGGUUAACUGGAGGACCUGGCUGUUCUUCUCUCAGUGGCCUCUUUUUUGAGAACGGGCCUUUUACAUUUAAUCUUGAUGAGGGUUACAGAGGUAGAAAACCCACCUUGCAAUCUACAACACAUUCGUGGACAAAGGUGGCAAACAUAAUUUUCUUGGACCAGCCUGUUGGUACUGGCUUCUCCUAUGCAACAACUCAAAUCCUUGAUACACCUAGUGACUCAAGAGAAGCUAAGCAGAUCCACCAAUUUAUUCGCAAGUGGUUAAGUAAGCACACAGAGUUUAUCUCGAACCCUUUUUAUGUCGGUGGAGAUUCGUAUUCUGGUAAGGUUAUUCCGGCUACUGUUCAAGAAAUCUCCAAAGGUAUGUGUGUGUUUCAUCUUUUUCGUUUUUUCUCUCUCAAGGUAUAUAUUUCGUUUAUUUUUAUUAGUUUUUUCUACAUGAUGAUGACAGGAAAUGAUCUUAAGCUUAAAUCCCAAAUAAAUCUUGAGGGCUAUGUGCUAGGAAAUCCACUAACAGACGAAGAAUUUGACAAAAACCACCGUAUUCCAUUUGCUCAUGGAAUGGCAUUGAUCUCUGAUGAACUCUACGAGUCGCUGCAGAGAAGUUGCAGAGGAAAUUACUAUGACAAUAACACAGAGUGCUUGAAACAUUUUGACGAAUAUCGAGAGAGUAUUUCUGGAUUAAACUAUGGUAAUGUUCUGAUGGAAUGGUGCGAAAUCCCGUUAGUCCAAAGAAGAUCCCUUCUCCUUGGAGACGUUUGGGCUCCGUUCAACCCAGAUGUAUGCUAUUUGUACAUGGAUUCACUAUCUUCCCUCUGGGCCAAUGACGAGAGAGUGCGCAAAGCACUCCAUGUAGUAAAGGGAAGUAUAGAAGAAUGGGUACGGUGUUCUUCGGGCAAGCCUUACGAUUCCGAUAUCAAAAGCAGCGUACCAUAUCAUAUGAACAAUAGCAUCAAAGGAUACAGAUCUCUCAUCUACAGCGGUGAUCACGACUGGAUGGUGCCUUUCACUUCAACGAAAGAGUGGAUAAGAUCACUUGGUUAUUCCAUUACUGAAAAGUGGAGACCAUGGAUGAUAAACAAUCAAGUUGUUGGAUACACUCAGACUUAUGCCAAUAACAUGACAUAUGCUACUGUCAAAGCAAGUGGGCAUACAGCAUUUUUCAAACCAAAGGAAAGUUCUAUCAUGUUUCAGAGGUGGAUUAGUGGUCAACCUCUCUAAAAUUUCCCUUUUAAAAAAAUCUGUAAACCGUUGUUGAAUAUCUCUUUACUGUAAAACAAAAAUUUCGGUUUGGUUUGGUUGACAAACCGAAAAACCUAAUAAUAAAGACUCCGGUGAAUCCUA